UCCCAUUUUUGAUUGACCUAUGGCAAUCGAUUUUUAGGAGUAGUAAGAAAGCAAUUUGACAUUUAGCUUGAUUGCGACUAUUAUACCCAAAAAAGCAACAAAAUGUAUCAGUUUUUUAUAAAAUUUAAUCCCAAAAUAUCCAAAAAGAAAAAUUAAUUAGCAAAACUUGCACGAAGGGUGAACCGGUGAAGGGGAGAAGAAGAGCUACCCAUUUUCUCUCUCCUCCAUUUUUGUCUGAACUUUGACCUUCAUUUUUCUCUCUCCUCCCUUCUUUUCAGUAAACCCAAUUGACUGUUACAAAAACCCAGAAAUUUGAAGGAGAGGGGGAGAUCCAUAAACCCAUGAAUCUCUCACUCUCAUAAUCAAAUCUACGAAAUCCCCACAAAAAUUAAAGUGAAAAUUUGCUCAAUUUUUGGCGGCCAUGACAACUCCACCGGCGGAGGAGCUUCUGAGGAAGAUCCAAGACUUGGAGGCUGGACAUGCGCACCUGCGAGAAGAGAUGUCGAAGCUGAUACUAGCGGAUGGGGUUCGGCAAAGAAGGGCUCACUCAGUGUCUCCACAACGGUCGAGGUUGCCGGCACCGGUACCGCCUCACCGGAGGAGAGAGAGUGAGUGGAAGAAAGGGUCGAUAUCGUUCGGGCAUUCGUCAACUUCGGUGUCAAUGGGGUCGUCGUCGUCGCCGUUGCAGAGGGAAAGCAAGUGCCCCGAUGAAUUGCCGCCGCCUGUGGGACGUGGUGGUGAUGGUAGUGGUAGUGCUAGUGGCAGUGUUGGUGGGAGCAGUGGUAGUUCGACGGAGCUAAGGAAAUUGACUGAUAAGCAGUGUCUGAAUAUAUUGCAAUCUAUGGGACAGGCGGUUCAUAUUUUCGACCUUAAUACUCGCGUCAUUUAUUGGAAUCGUUCUGCUGAAGAACUUUAUGGCUAUUCUGCAGCAGAGGCUCUUGGUAAGGAUCUCUGUGAUCUACUGGUUUCUGCUCAGGAUACAGCUGUUGCUAGUAAUAUUAUAAGUCGUGUGAAAUUGGGAGAGAGUUGGACAGGGCAGUUCCCUGUUACAGAUAAGAAGGGACACAAGUUUCUAGUCGUUGCAACCAACACUCCGUUUUAUGAUGAUGAUGGUACUCUCAUUGGGGUCAUUUGUGUAUCAAGCGACUCAAAACCGUUUCUGGAAAUGAAAGUCUCGAUUUCAGAAGCAAACGAGCAACAGGAGGGUAGUCAAAGUGCUAGCAAGAACAGAAAUAGUGUUGCGAACAGGCUUGGCCUCGAUACUGAGCAACCUUUGCAAACAGCAAUUGCUUCAAAGUUAUCAACUUUGGCUACCAAGGUUAGUGACAAGGUUCGAUCUAAAAUGAAGACCGGAGAGAAUACUGUACUCCGAGAAGGUGGGAGUGGAGAUAGUCGUCACUCUGAUCAUGGCUUUUCUGAUGCUACAUUCUCAGAUCAUAAGGAGGACGGGAACUCAAGUGGAGCUAGUACUCCCAGAGGAGAUCCCGUAGGUUCUGUUAUUGGUGUAUUUUCUCAGUUUGCAGGUGCAAAAUCCCCUGUCAAAACUGACGAAACUGCUAUUCACAAAAUGACUUCCAAAGCCGAGGCUUGGAUCGGUAAGAAAGCAAUGCAAUGGCCAUGGAAAGGAAAUGAGAGGGAAACAUCAGAUGUCAAGAGUGGGCAAUUCGGUUGGCCAUGGGUUCAAGGUGAACUGGAUUCCGAUCGUCUACAUUCUUCUGUAAAACCAGAAAUCCAUAGUGGUGACUAUGGUCGCCCUGGUGUUAAUGAAGCCACUGGGUCCUGGUCAUCGUUUAAUGUUAACAGCACAAGCAGUGCAAGUAGCUGUGGAAGUGGAAGUAGUAGUAUUGUAAAUAAAUUGGAUGUUGAUACUGAUAGCUUAGACUAUGAAAUCUUGUGGGAGGACUUGACAAUUGGAGAGCAAAUAGGGCAAGGUUCCUGUGGAACUGUGUAUCACGGUCUGUGGUAUGGAUCGGAUGUUGCUAUUAAAGUUUUCUCCAAGCAAGAAUAUUCCGAAGAUGUCAUAUAUUCAUUCAGACAAGAGGUAUCUCUCAUGAAGCGACUUCGGCACCCUAACAUUCUGCUGUUUAUGGGUGCAGUAACGUCACCUCAGCGUCUCUGCAUUGUUACAGAGUUUCUUCCACGAGGGAGCUUAUUCCGUCUACUUCAAAGGAGUACAGCCAAACUAGAUUGGAGGCGACGGCUUCAUAUGGCUAUAGACAUAGUACGAGGAAUGAACUAUCUUCAUAAUUGCAGUCCACCUAUUAUUCAUCGGGAUUUAAAGACUUCCAAUCUUCUGGUUGAUAAGAACUGGAUGGUGAAGGUUGCUGAUUUUGGCCUUUCACGUGUGAAACAUGAAACUUACCUUACUACAAAGACUGGGAAAGGAACACCUCAAUGGAUGGCACCAGAGGUCCUUCGCAAUGAGCAAUCAGAUGAAAAGUCUGAUAUAUAUAGCUUUGGGAUCAUACUGUGGGAGCUUGCUACUCACAAGAUUCCUUGGGAACAUCUCAAUGCAAUGCAGGUGAUCGGCGCAGUUGGGUUCAUGAAUCAAAGGUUAGAUAUACCUGAGGAUGUAGAUUCGAGGUGGGCUUCGAUAAUUGAAAGCUGCUGGCACAGUGAUCCUCAAAGCCGACCAUCAUUCCAGGAACUGCUGGAGAAGUUGAAGGAUUUGCAGAGACAGUAUACUCUCGAGUUCCAGGCUGCCAAAGCUGGUUCUGCAGAUGUUAACUUGAAAGAAUUAUGAGUCCCAAAUCUUGCUUACCUUUUGUUAUAUGUUGAAAAUUUCAACUGGUACAGCUUUUGGUAAAUUUUGAUGAUUUGCCGGUGCCCCAUCAUGAAGAUUUAGUAGUAGUCACUUUACUGCACCCAAAAUUACUUGAUGAAGUUGUAUCCCAAAUGAUCAUGGCCUGUAUGGAAAACCAAAAAAAGAGACCUUGAUUGAAAUGGCUGCAGGAUGGGGUUCGUUCUAAUUGAAUUGCAAGCAUUGCCUUCUAUCGCGGUGAUUGUUACUAUUGAAGUUUUGUAAGUGAACGAGUAGAAAAAGGAUGUGGUACUUCUACAUUUGCCAUCAUGUGCAUGCUCUUGGAUUGAUGGAACUGUGCAAAACGUUUCCAUUGUAUUGUAAAUAUAUGUACCACACAAGUAGUUCCCAUUGGUGUAGAUUAUAUAAUUCUUUACUCUAGGAAUUCUUUUUGCAAAGUACAUCAUACUUGUUUUGGGUUUGCCA